AUGCCCCAUACGCUCCUUCGGCCAGAAGGUCAGCCGUGGAGACAAACCCCCACCCUGAGCCCGCAGUGUCAGCAACGCCCUGUCCUCACAGUGCCGGGCAGUGUCAGGCUGAGACCCGGGGCCACCUGUUCCAACGUCCACUCCAAGCAAGCCAGAGCCAGCCUUCGGAGAGGCAAGGACCCAGCCGGGGCAUUCACAGUGGGCGUGCUGUCCACCCUCCGCCCCUGUCCUGGCCCCCACAGUGGAGCCGCCACCUUGGGUAAUGGGCUGCCUGAGGUCCUGGAGAAGGAAGAACCAGGUGGCCCACCUUCGGUGCACAGGGAGCAGCAGGCACCUGACGGCAGCCCCCGCACCCCUCCCAGGGCUGAAGUUCAGGCUGUCUCAUCCCUUGCCAGGAGCUCAGGGCUGAGGCAUGCGAGGAAGCAGGAAAAGGAAAAUGCACCCAGAAGAGAAGGAGCACCCAUCAACGGGGCCGCCUCAGAAGCGACAGACGACCGGGCAAGUCCAAGGGCACCGAGGCACCUGCCACCGCUGUGCCCAGCGCUCCCGAAGCCAGAGGGCAGAUUGAGGUUCAGAGAAGUCAGAAGCCUUCCCAAGGUUGCACAGCCAGAAGUGGGCACAGCGUCCUGGGGUGAGGCCUCACACCCUCUGCGCCACCUGCCCUCCAGGUCCCACCAUCCUCACAAAUUCAAGGCAAGGUUCUGGAACCCCCAGCCCUCCAGAAAGGGGAAGCUGAGCCCAGGAGGCACAUCUGAGAGUUCGGCCACCUGCACGGCCACCCCAGUGUGAUUCCUCAGCAGCCACACAGAAGACAGAUGGUCCAUAGGAGACUCAGAAACAGAGAAGCCUCACGCCAGGUCCACAGAGGCACCCACGCCCGCCAAAAGGAUGCCACGCACUCACCCUGCCCUCUGGGGAGCACAGUGGGAGUCUAGGACACCGCCUUGGAUGGGGUGAGGCUCCGUCUGUGACCUCAGAAAGUCAGUCUGGGGCUGGACUUGACAUGGGAAACAGAAUAAAACUGCCUGUCCACCUGAGCUUGCCGCCCUAAAAAUCCCUGACAUGAUACAGAGGUCAGUGCUGACAGAGGGCCUGCUGCCCCCAGUGACGCUGCCGGUGGGGUCUCAACCCACCCACUUCUUCUGGAGCAGCCGGUCACAGCUGUGGUCCUGCUGGCGCACACGGGGAUGAGACCCUUAAACACACAGCGACUGCACAGUGCAACCCUGCAUAUCCCAUUUGGGUACAAGUUUCAUUACCGGAAGAAACAUGGGGAGGGACCCCAGAGCAGCUCACGCGUGGGUACCCUCGGCUGUGUUAGCGUCCCGGCCCUCACACGGCACCCAGGCCUCGUUGGGGCAAGGCCUUGUGCAGACACGGUGGGAUCUGCGUGUGCACUGGGGCCUGUGCCUGGGCUGCUGCUCCCCGGCCACCGGUGUCAGGAUCUCCAGGACCCCCAUGAGUGGUCAGUGGAGCAGAGAUGGCACAGACGCCAGCGACCUGGGUCAUUCUCUACCUGGGAUGUGGGACCCCAGAGACCACGCUGUGGGUCUUUAUCUGCCUCUUCAUGCAGGAGCAGGUGCGACCCCUGCCUGCCCCAGCCAUGAGGCUGUGUCACAGGGGACCUCUGUGGCACCCUGUGCUGCAGGCAAGGCCUUAGGACAGAUGCCACGCCACUGUCCAGGAGACUGUCUCCUGAGACUGACCUCCCCUUGCACUGGGCAAUGUCUGCUGAAGAUAAGGACGUCUUCGCUGGGCCAGGCCUGGAGUUCUUCCAGAUCGUGAGCUUUCCUCUCUCUAAUGAAGAGGAUACCUGUGGUCAAACUCCUACAGAGCACUGGGGACAGGAAGGCAGGCAGAGUCCCACCUGGGCAGGUGGUAGGAGUGGAAGGAGCAGGCAGGCAGCAGGGCUGCCCAGGGCUAGGAGUCUGGCUGCGAGCAGGGCCCACCCUCCCCUGGACACAAUGGAAGAUCCCGUGUGUGGUUUUCACUGACUGAGCACCUAUCUCGUGCCAGACAUGUGGGAUUGCCGGUGAAUUAACAAAAGCCCUGCUCUCAGGGGGGCUCCCAUCCCAGCACAUACACCGUCACAUCUGGGGUCCAGCCUGGACCACCCCCAUGCAGUUGGAGAGGGUCUCAGAACCAGGUCUGAGAACAGCAACUUCCAGCCACGGCACCCCGCCCCUCCCCAGGUGGCCUGGGCUCCAGCUCCUUGCACCUGAGGCUGCCUGUGCAGGGCCCCCGGCUGAUGCCCCUCUCCUCUAAAGCUCGGGGUUUGCCGCAGCCUGGCACCCUCAUCGGGCCUGUUACGCACGUUCUGGUCUCUCCGUGCCCACAGACCCGCCAAGCUCACCAGCCAGUCAAUGUGCAGCCAGCACAAGCCCGACCUGCUAGGGGCCUCAGAACAAGCGGCGUGGCCUGAGGCCAUCACACAGCAUCUGUGCUGAGAGUGAGCUGACAUGGACGGCGGCACCAUGGCCGUGGCAGAGGCACCAUCCCUCCACCCUCACUCAUGUAGGGAUCCGCUCUUCUCUCGCACCGGGCCCUGCUGGCACAUUCCAGAUGUGGGGCACACGGACUGGAGCCCAAGGCCUGCGUGCUGGGCCCUGGCUCUGCACUCGGCUCCCAGAGUCUCCCACCCAAUGUCAGAGAGGGUGCCCCAACAGUGCUUCGGGGGCUCCUGUCAUGAGGGCUGAGGACCACCUAGGCCCACGUCCGCCCAGCAGGUGGCAGCUGCAUCCCCUGGUCCCCUCCACAACCCGGGCCAGGUCCAGGCUGCAGGCCGCAGUGUUGGCAGGGGGAGGAGAGGGUGAAAUUGGCUGAGCCCAUCCAUUGGGACAGAACCUCCCGCUCCUUGGGGCUCUGGAGAACUCUAUUCCUUCUCUUUAACCUCAAGGUGCUGGGGCCUCUGGCUGCUGCACCAUUUACAGAGGAAUUGUCUGGGAUGUGCCGGGCCGAGCACUCUCGCUCUCGCCGGUGUCCGCGUCAGCACGCUAGUCACAUGGCAGGUGAGGACCACGGCACCGCCCCUGCGAUCUGGCAGUCAGAGCCCACCUGUGUGUCUGCAGGAGCAUCCCUGACUACACACCACAGGUCGGCAGGGAAGGGUCCCUCGGGCCCCACCCCUUUGUUCUUUCAAUGGUAAAGGUUCAGGUCGGUGGACAGACUGGACUUGGAAACACCUUCUUGCGUCCUCGAAACGACGUGGCGCGCAGCCAGCUCACAGCACCCAAAGGCACGGGCAAGUUGCAUCACGGCAGCCCCUCCUGUCUUGACCAGGAGCAGGUGUGUUCCUGAGGUCCUGGCCACUUCUGCAGGAGCAUCUGAGGGAGCCCAGCUGAUAUACCACGACCCCUGACCUCCCGGGUUAGCCUUUCCAUCCAACAGCACCAGGACUGGACAGGCCACCUUGGCUGAGGAUCACGUGUGCCUGGGUCCGUGCGGUGCUGAUGCGCACAGGCCUUGGAAAGCAGCGCACAUCCUGUCUGCACCGGUGUCUAUAGGGAAGCCAUCUUUGUCCGUGUGGCCAUGGGAGGGUCUGUCUGUGCUGUGUGUGUGUCCUGCGCGCGUUGGGAGCUGCUGCGCCACACACGGGCACGCAGGGUGUGGGCACACCUGUGCUUCUGAGCCCGCGUGCCCUUGCCGGUGGCCAGGCACACACACAGCUGUGCAUCCUUGGCCCAAGAUCAGCUGUGCCACACCUGCAGGCUGCAGGAUCUUUUCAGUAUAUCUCCCUCCAUCACCAGAAGUAAGCUCAGGACUGAGGCUGACAGGCUGGCCUGAGCGCUGCUCACCUGCACCUCCUGGCUGCACCUGUGGCCCCGGACUCGGCUUCCCCAUCUCUCUCCUCCCCACCCCACCUCUGGGUCAUCUCCGGCUGGGGCUGUACCACAUCUGGGCUCAAUAAAUGGUUGAUUGAUUGA